AUGACCGAGGCUCCUGCAGAGUUUAUCAGGUCACUCAGACCUACACCACAUCUCAGGUUUGAGCACCAUUCCAAAGAUCUAGUCUGGACCCAUUCCAUGCUUGAGUCUGGGGGAGGGUGGAACAAAAUGAUGCCUGGAGCCCAAAAGGAGAGAGAAGAAGUGGGACCCCCGGGCAAUGCAGGAUGCAGCUGGGAUUCCAGGACAGGCUGGCCUGCAACACCCAACAAAAGACCAAACCAGCUCCAGGGCUGUUCUUCCAAACAAGAGACAAGAGCAGUUUCUGCAGUUGCUCUACAGGAUCAUAUAAUACACAAUCAUCAGCUGCAGGAUCCUUUAACAUUCUAAGUCAAGGACAAGGAAUACCAACAACUUUUACAAAUCCCAUGAAUAAAAGAAAUAGUCGUCGUAAUAGCAAAUACUGGACUAAGAAAAAAGAGCACAAGCAAGGAAGAUGCAAAAAAGGAGAAUCUUCUUGACCCCAGUGCUCCACAGCUGAAUUUAGAAUGGGUAAAGAGCUCCACACAGCAUGGAAAAUCCAUACAGUGCUGUCCAAUAUUCAGGAAGGAAUUUGCAAUUUGACCCAGGACAGGUAAAAAUUGUCCCAUGUGUAGAAAAGAGCAAUAUCAGAUGAGAGUAAUACAUGAUGGGGCAUGCUUAGUUAAAUUGAAUUAAUUAGAAUUGUCUUACAGAAUUUAAGCUUCCUGGAGGGGAUAUAUUGCUAGAAAAGAGUCUAAAGACUUAAGGGAAGCAGUGCCUCCUAUGGAUAGAAAAUUAAGAAAGCAACUAUUUGAAAAAAUGCUUUGCUUUCCAGCUCAAGGAUGCUCACUUGCUUACAGCACCAGGUCAGGCCUGGUCAAGUCUGAUACCACUAUACAUGAUGACCAAGCAUAA